AUGGGAAUCUUUAGUAAAUCACCUAUUCAAAACAUGGAAAGUUUCAAUUGUGUUGAUCUUAUUCAUCCAUGGAGCAAAAGUUGUAUAAAGGGAAACUUUGCGAUGUUUAUUGAUUCUUCUAAAGGAUUUUUCUUUUUCUUCAUUAUAAUGCAUGGGGUACAAUAUUUGUUCAGACUCAGAAAUAAGAAGAAAAUCUACAUCCGACAAGUUUUAUUCAAUUUUAUGAGAUCAAUGUCAUUCGGAGUUUCAUAUGCAACUUUAUUUGUGACUAUGAACUGUGUGUUCUUGAAAAUGAUGGGAAAAUUCAACAAUACACUUUUCGUUUAUGGUUCACCAAUCAUUUGUGGAUUACCAAUAUUCUUUGAAGCUCCCGAGAGGAGAAAGAUUACCAGUACUACUUUUAUGUCAAUGUUUUUAGAAAGUUUUUACAAAAUCUUGGUAAAUAGAAAAAUCAUUGUGAAAUCGAAGAAAUUUGAAACCUUAUUGUUUAUGUUGGUGAAUGCAUUUUUAAUGUAUUCUUUAAGAAUACGUCAAGAAUUCACUGAUAAAAAAGAUACUUUGUGGAUUUUUACCCCAGCUUCACCCAGAAAUGAAGAUCACUCAGGAAAUAUCUCUCACAACAAUGAAAAGAAAUGUCCUCAUGAAUAUUCUUGCAAAGAAAAUAUCAUCAGAAAAACUCUUAAAUACAGUGUGCUAGGGUUAGCCAUGGCUCUAGUAAGAUUCACAGUUUAUAAAGUGAUGUCACCUUUGAAAACUCAAGAAUCAUUUUUUCAAUGGAGAAGCUUACAGUUGUCAUACUUUAUAAGUGCGUAUGUGUUUAUUUUCGAGACUGUAAAUUGUUACCUAUGCAAGUUGGAUGGUAAACAUCAUUCUAUACAUACAUUUUGGAGUGGCUUACUUUCCGGGAUUUCGUAUUGGUUAAGUCCAAAUCUUCAAAUUAUGUCCACUGCUGCCACAAUACUUUUGAAGAUUCAGGGAGAGGAAUUGAAGAAAAAAUUCAAACUGCCCGAUCUUCCAUAUGGUGAAUUGAGCUUUGUAUACAGUAACAUGUUCAUUCUACAAAGGUUAAUUUUUGAUAAUCAAACUGUUCCUAAAUUUUUCCUCAACCUUCUCCAGUUUGCUACAUCGAAGAGAGCAAAUAUUACGUUGGAAGCAAUAAAAAGACUUUACAUAAUUUGA